AUGGCACAGAGAAGCACCAACCCCACCCAGCAAUUCAACUUUGUGGCUCAGGAUAACAUCUGGAAAUACCACGUUGAAACUGAGUUUGAAGCUGCAAAGAAAUGGUCCAUCAAAUGGGGAUUUUUAACAACACCUUUUGAGGAGUUGAUAAAAGACGAAAGGAAAGAACCCACUAAGCCUAAGAUAGAGCUUCCAGAACAUUUACAAAUCCGACCUGUAACACCAGUGGAAAAAUAUAUUAAGGUCUACCCAUCUCCUCCAAUCCCUAAAACAACUCAAGGAUUUAUUGGCUGGAGAUCAUCUGUGCCAGGACUGGAACUUGAACGUUAUUAUCAGGUCAGAAGCUGCAAAGGUGCCUUUCACAAGGAUCUGAAGUGGCCUGAUGAACCCUCUGAUUGA